AUGGGCGAAUUGCUAAACAACUCGGAGAUGCUGAAGAAACUUGGUUUCGACAGCUCCAAUCAAUGGAUAAUAUACGACGAACAGUUUGAAAAAAUGUUCAACUUUUUAUCGGAGAAUAUUACCGACUUAAAUAUUUUCACAGAGCAAGAAAUGUUAGAGCGUGAUGAAAUGCAACAGCGCGGCGAGUGGUUUCAGGACUCGGAGCGGUUAUUGAAGAUUCAUCAGAUCGAGUCCAAUAACUGUGGCCUACUAAAAUGCACAUCAACAGAUUUGGACGCGCGCAUAGCAGAUAUAGAAGUGAUCGAGGAAGGAACAUACGAUUACUUGACACUAUUGGAUGAUAUGCAGAACACAAAGCACAGUCUUAAUAAUAUUUUGAUCGACUUGGAUUGCGCAUCUUUGCCUUUACACAAUGCGGAAAUGGAACUAAUCACCGAGUGCCAAACCAAAGCUCGCCAAUUGGAGGAAGUGCAGCGUGAGAACUUUAAACUUAGUGAGGGGGCUAAUAAUGGUUUCACCACACAGCAAAUUCCACCGGUGUUUAUGCACCAGCUACCAUUAGAGCAGUACUUCCACAAAUGCGAAUCAUUCAUGCAGCACUUUAACCUCUUCAUGAAGGACAAUUUUAAAAUACUGAAGUAUUCCGAUUUCGAGGGCAUUGAAGGAGAUAUGCAAAAAGUCAACUUUAACCUGGAAAAUUUACAAAAGUCGAUUCAGCAUUACACACUCGCAUAUACAAAGGAAAAAGCUAAAGUAAAGGCCACCCAAGCAAUGAUUGAUCACAUAAGCCUCAAUCAAAUUCACUGCAUCAGCCUAGUCGAUAUGGCGCGCGAAGCACAUGAUUUGCAAGUUCUCAACGAGAACCAUUUUAAGAACACCCACGAAACGCUGCUAAACACUCUAACUUUACAUGUACAGCAGCACACACAGCAACGUAUUGAGCUUGUACUCUACGAAAAUACAACGCAGAAAUUGGAGCGAGCAGUGCGUCGAUGCGAAAAUGACAAGCAGCUUGCAAGUGUCAUUUCGAGUGCACUAUCAAACGCAGAAUUGAUAUGGAUAGCAAUACAGUUUGAUUUGGAAAAAAAGGAAAAAAAAAGGAACUGUACCGACAGCUCCAUAAAUCUCUGUACUCAAGCACAGGCGUGUUGGCAACGAGUCCAAUCAAUGCGCUCACUCUCACUGAAAGCAAGUCCCAAAUAUAUCUGUGAACAGUUUCUGCAUCAAUUAUCGAGUCAAUUGUCUUCGCAUCUCGGUCAGAACAUUCCCUCCACUGAGGCUAAGAGUUGUCUCUAUGAAUACAAAAAGUUUGGUCGACUUUUGGUUUAUGCGCUUGAGAGCAUGCUGAAUACUAAGCCACAAAGUUAUGUGCACGAGCAGCUGGCCGGUCUCAAGCAUCUGGAGCAAAAUCUACGCCCGUUUGUCUUCGACUCGCCACUAGAGCAGCCCUUAUUUGAGAAUACUCAAUAUUUAUGUUCGAUGUUCAAUAUUAUGCAGCAACAGCAGCGUUUUGAAGAGACGGUUCGAAAUUUGCGCACUCAGUUCAUGGAAUCAAUCAGGAAUCGUAUGGAUCAAGAAAAGCUUUGGCGCUUCAGCAAACUCUUGUGGAUUUGGUUUCUCACCGAUCCACAGCGCUUGUUUCAUGCAAUUGAUGAGGUAAAAAAGAGUUCCGCUAAUAUAUCGGCCCUAACAAGCAGUAUGUUUCGUCCUGGCGGCGGUCUGCACCGUAAAUGAGCUACCUACUUACAGCUAAAAUUAAGAGUUUAAAACUGAACUUGUAACAAAAGAAAUAUAUUUUAAUGAACAAAAUCAAAUUAUAUGUAAUGCGAGUCAAAAUGUGACUGCGAAUUUUUGAUAUUGGCUUAACGCGAUCCUAGUUUACUUUUAAAUAUGAGAUUUAUUGCAAUAAUUUGUUUGAAAGUGUGUAACAGGAAGAUGGAGACAUCUUCGACUCAUAAAGUAUAUUUCGGCCCUUA